CUUGCAGAAUUGUGAAGAGAUAUUUUAUUUAGAAGAUGAGGAUUGUUGGUCUGAUUCAGUGAACAAAGAGAAACCAUAUCAAAACUUCAUAUGCAAUGAAGUUCAGUCAGACUUGGUCCGGCCUGAGAAAAAAACGAACAGUGUAUUCCACAACAGUGCCUCUGGGGGCGUAACGCUUCAGCUUCCAAGUUCCAACCCUCCGACCAAAACAUUGAUCAUGUGAUGUUAUGACGUUCCGUGGGUCGGUAGUACAAAGGCGUAUUCGGGGCUGAGCACAUCCUCUGAAAACUACACAUUUUUGAAGUUGGUUUUUGAGGUUUGCCAGAUGUCUUUAGGCUUUACGUUUAUUAAUAUAAGAACGCCAAUACAGUACAUGUAAUUGAUGUCGUUCCUCUCUGGGGUGAGGUCUUAAAAAGUGUUCAGUAUGUAGCUGCUGUGAGGCAGUUAGCUCCUGUAGCCGCCGUUUCACGAAGCCAUGUGGCUUAGUUAAUCGGAUCAGUUUAUUGACUUCUUGGAAAAGCCCUGGAUUUCAGUGCACAAUUUCAACAAGCUGACAAUUGGUGUUCGUCGGUAUGCCUACAUGAAUAACGUGAACAAAACACAUAAUAAGAAAUGAACGUACCGUUUGUUAAAGAGGUUAUUGUUGAUGAAGGAGCAAACAUUGUAAACAGAGCAUUCAGAAGAGGACGCAUUUUAAUAGAUCGACUAGACCCUUUAGCACAUCCCGAUGAUUAUUUGUAUGAUCAGUAUCGAUUUAGUCGCGAGGGAAUUAUUUACCUAGAACAGUUAUUAGGACGCCACCUUGCAAGCCCGACGGAGCGAAGUGCAGCCUUAACUGUAGUGCAGACACUUUGUAUAGGGCUCCGCUUCUUUGCCACUGGGACAUAUUUAUAUGCUGUUGGUGACGCUGAAAAUAUCAGUAAAGCUUCUGUUUCUCGUGCAAUCAGAAAAGUUUACCUUGCUUUGAAAAGGUAUGUCAAUGUAUUCAUCAGAUUCCCCGGCCACGCAAAAGUGGAUGUAAUCAAGGAAGGUUUCCUUUCAAUUGCAGGGAUUCCAGAUGUCCUUGGUGUUGUGGACUGCACCCAGAUUCCCAUUAAAUCUCCUCCUGGUCCCCAUGAGGGUGAUUACAUUAAUACAAGGGCCUUCUACAGCAUCAAUGUCCAGAUGAUCUGUGACUCUACCUGUGUUAUCACUAAUAUUGAGGCAAAGUGGCCUGGUGCUGUCCUUGAUGACCGCAUCUUCAAGGAGUCCAGUCUGUGUGACAAAUUUGACCAAGGUCAAUAUGAUGGCAUCCUUUUAGGAGACACAGGCUACACCUGCAGGACCUUCUUCAUGACACCCUACUCUGACCCAAGCCCUGGGCCCCAAGCACGCUUCAAUGCAGCUUUGGCACAGACUAGAUCCAAGAUCGAAACUACCAUAGGCCAGCUAAGAGGACGAUUUCAGUGCCUUAAAGGCCUAAGGGUCGUGCCAGAUAGGGCCUGUGACAUUACAGUUGCAUGUGCAGUACUGCAUAACAUUGCAACAAUAAGGAAAGAAAGUGCUCCACCGGUCUGCCUGCAGCCUAACGAUGACGUUGAGACUCUGUACCUGGACGAGCCUGAAGGUCUAGCUAUGAGGGACAAGAUAGCUGCCCAGAAUUUCAGUUGAACAUUUCUCCCAUCUUUGGGUCAGAUUCAAAGUGAUGGUUAUUUUAUUACACCAGAGACAUUGUUUGAUGACACAUUUUUUAUUAAAUUAUUCUUUCUCCUGUGAAGAAAACACAA